AUGGCUCCCUUAGCUGAAGUCGGGGGCUUCCUGGGCGGCCUGGAGGGCUUGGGACAGCAGGUGGGCUCGCACUUCCUCCUGCCUCCUGCCGGGGAGCGGCCACCUCUGCUGGGAGAGCGCCGGGGUGCGGCGGAGCGGGGCGCCCGCGGCGGGCCCGGGGCUGCGGAGCUCGCGCACCUGCACGGCAUCCUGCGCCGCAGGCAGCUGUACUGCCGCACAGGUUUCCACCUGCAGAUCCUACCCGACGGCAGCGUGCAAGGCACCCGGCAGGAUCACAGCCUCUUCGGUAUCCUGGAAUUCAUCAGUGUGGCAGUGGGACUGGUCAGUAUUAGAGGUGUGGACAGUGGUCUUUACCUUGGAAUGAACGACAAAGGAGAAUUAUAUGGAUCAGAGAAACUUACUGCUGAAUGCAUCUUUAGGGAACAAUUUGAAGAGAAUUGGUAUAAUACUUAUUCAUCGAACAUAUAUAAACAUGGAGAUACGGGCCGAAGGUAUUUUGUGGCACUUAAUAAAGAUGGAACUCCACGGGAUGGUGCCAGAUCUAAAAGACAUCAAAAAUUCACACAUUUUCUGCCUAGACCAGUGGACCCAGAAAGAGUUCCUGAAUUAUAUAAGGACAUAUUGAUGUACAGUUGAAAUGUGAUAGAGUCCUUCCUGAAGAACUCACCAUAAUCUUGUU